AUGCAUUUAGGUGAAGGCAAAUUACAUUGUGCAUAAGAAAAUAAACCAAUAAUUUUAUUAUGCUAGAUUACUGUUAAAAAGCUAUAUGAAAUGGCAAAAUUGGUUCAAAACAUCUUAAAUCCUUUCUUGAUUUGCCAUUCUUCUCUUGUCAAUCCUUCUGCUAAAAAUAAUAUUCAUUCAAUGAUUUCCUUAGAUUGA